AUGCACUGCCAGACGGAGGGAGCAGUGUUUGCACCGUUUUGUACUCACCCGGUGUGGGUGAGCAGGAGGCGGGGGAGUGCGGUGGGGUCCGAGGGGGCUUCAGAUGUAAAACAGGUCACGCCCCCCCUCGGGGGAACGCUGAACAACAUAAAGUGUCGGGGCGAAGAGUGGCCUCGGAGAAGGAGCUCGGUGGACGGAACAACAGCGGGUUCACCCGAAGCAGGACCCGGCCUCGAGCGCCGCUGUGAACACAUGGAUGGAGGAGGAGCGGGGGGUGCGGACUCUCAGCUAAAGGCGACCCACGCUGUGAAUGCUCGGGGACGAUGGAGACGGAUGAGAGGGGCUGCUCUGGGCGCUGCUGCUGAACCCGGUGGAGGUGAGCGGGUGGUGAUGAUGGCUCGCUACCCUACAGUCUGA